AACAGUCUAUCCAUAAAUUGUCCACUUAGAAAAGAGACCCAAUUCUUACGACAAAUCAAUCCAUAAAUUAUCCACUUAGAAAGAGACCCAAUUCUUACGACAAAUCAAUUAAUAGGAUUAAACGAUUUACGAAAUUGUUUGUGUUGCUGUGCUCAAACUUGAUCAUAGUUGCUAUCUACUAGAAGAGAGCUAGAGAUAGAGAGAGAGAGAGAGAGAUGCAUCUAUGGCCAUCGAUGAGGAUCAGGGAGUCGUUCAAGCAGUCGUAUCUGGAGAAACUGGAGUGGAAUCUCCACAGAAUGAACAUCAAGAAGAAGCAGCAGCAGCAGCAACAGCAAAAGCAAAAGCAAAAGCAUCAAUCUGAAUCUCGGCAGAGACUCUUAGAUGAUGAAGAUGAUGUUACUACGGAAACUAAUCAAGGAGAUGGGAUUGUUGUUGAUUCUGAGAAUAAUCAUACUGGUGGGGCCCUGUACCGUGAGCUUCUCUUCAUCCUCUCUUGCUGUUACGGUUAUUUCUGCUGUGGAGCCUGUAUUGAUGAUGAUGAAGAAUAAAUCUGAGAGUACUGCAUUUGGGAGGACUUCUACACAUGGAUUGUACAAAAUAAGAUUGUAGAAAUUGUCAACCGGAUUCCAUAGUCUCUGUACAGCUCUUGAAAACUUUUCUUGUUAUCUGACUCAUUCUGUUAGUGUUCAAAUUUAUUCUAUUGUUGUCAA